AUGGACAAUUCAGGAGAAAAAGUAAUUAUGACACCCAAAUGCAAAACUUCCUCAUCGACGACAAUAAUUGUUGAGAGGAAAAUUGUUAAUGCUGAGCCCAAUGAUAAAAUACACAUCGCAGGUGGAGACCAUACAGGCAUCAUAAUAAACAAGGAAAAAGUCUACGAAAAUGGAGUAACUGAGCCAUGCCAUGCACAGUUAGAGUUCUGGGUUUAUUUAGUGUCUGCAGCCACAGGCUCACAUACCCGGGAGGCCAGAGCCUUAAGAUUUUGGUUUAAGCCUGAAGUACCUCGAGACGAAUGCCCUCAUGAAGCCCAGAGCUUUUUUCGAGAGCUAGUUAGUCCCAAAGAUUUUCCUAAAGAUUAUGUGGGCUUUAUAAAAAAGAUAAUGAAGCUUAUGCAGCAUAAAUAUCAUCAACUUAAAGUAUUGGAAAUAGAAUUAAGACAAGAGUUGUGUGGCCCACCGCCACAAGCUUUCAUUGAAGAUAGUGUUUUGAACCAAACACAGAUUAUCUCGGAGCAAAGAGUUUUAGAUAUGAUUGAAAAUGCUUAUCCCAAUCCAUUGACAGUCGAAGAUUUUGUAACUGUUGGAAAAUGGUCAAAAACCGAAGUGAAAGAUGCCUUAGAAGCUCUGGAAGAAAAGGGCCUAACAAGGACUAUGUCGGAAGGACUAUACAUACGUCAACAUAGUGUUGAUACUCAGGUGGUGAAGCAAAUGCCCACAUUGUGCUCGUCACGGCAACCGAGCAUAGCGAUAAUCACCGCUUUGUACUGCGAGAAACAAGCCGUCGACGCCAUGAUGGACAAUCAAGAGACGUACGUGCGUUAUACGACUGUUGGCGAGUCCAACGUAUACACACUGGGUACCAUUGGGGCGCAUCGCGUUGUAACCACAAAGUUGCCUUCGGUGGGCCGUACCCGGGAGGCGAUGACGGCGGCUGGGAACACUACAACGAGACUACUGGGAAUAUUCCAGAAGGUAGAAUACGUGUUCCUUGUGGGCGUUGGCGGUGGUGUGCCUCACUACACGGAUUACUCGAGGCACGUGCGACUCGGUGACGUCGUCGUGUCCACACCAGCCCCGGACUUGAACGACAAGUACGUUUACGUUUUCUGCGAAAAGGCGGAGCGAAACGAAAAGGGGGGUUGGGAUUACGAAGUGAAGCCUUACAAACCGACCAAUUACCUGCUGCAAGACAUCGCACUGCGCCUUAUGAGCACCGAAGCCCCUUGGAGUUCCUAUGUCAACGAAGGACUUCAGCGCUUGCGCGGUGUACCCGGCCGCUGGGAGCCGCCCGAAGACACCACCGACCGUCUGAGCGUCGACGUCGGUGAUGGCGUUUUCAUAGAGGUCUCGCAUCCGGCGCCACAGGGAGUGCACAGCCGCGGGCGGGUGCACUGCGCGCCGGUGGCGGGGGGCCGCGCGGUGGCGGGCGGGGGCGAGGCGCGCGCCGCGUUCGCCGCACACGCGCGCGCCCGCGCCUACGACUGCGAGCUCGACGCAGUGCUGGACAGCGUCGUCGGCAACCGCAAGGACUGCUUCGUCUCCGUCAGAGGUAUCUCAGACUACCGUGAUGGAACACGUGGUAAGGAAUGGCAAGCUCACGCUGCUUUAGCCGCUGCUGCCUUCAUGAAAGCAAUCAUAGUUGCUAUGGAGCCCCCAACUGAU